AUGGCCCAUGGAAAUCAAAGAGAACUUGACCACCAGAAAAACAUGACCAAAUCCCAGGAGAUUAGCAAGGGGGAAAGAAAAGGGGACAGUUUGACUGCCACUCAGAGAAAGCAUAGGGAUUCUGAGAUCACGCAACAAAACCAUAAGGCAACUAAUGAGAAGUCUUUGCAGACCAGAGAAAAAUAA